AUGGCGAGUGUAGUAGAAAAUAAGAAAAUUUGCAAACAUUGUAAAAAGAAAGUAGUUUUGUGGUUGGAUUGUGUCAAUUGUGGCACAAGCUUUUACAGAAGUUGUGAGAUUCAAGCAAAAGUUACUGAUAAGACGGAAAAAGUAAUUUGUUGCAAGCAAGAAAAGAGUGAGGUUAUAACCGAAAAAGAGGCAACUAUGGAAUUGGACGAAAAAAGACUAAAAAUGAUAUUAGAAAGCCAUUUAAAUAAAUACUUUACACCAAUUAAAAAAAGUAUUGACACAGAAAUUAUGGAAUUUAAAAAAUCAGUGCAAUACAUAUCCGAUGCUUUUGAAGAACAAAAGGCUGCAACUGAAGAGGCAAUAGAUGAAAUAAAAAGACUAAAUGAAGAAAAUGUUCUACUUAAAUCAAAAAUUAAUGUAUUAGAAGUUAGUACACAGGAACAAAAGGAAAAGCAAAAUAACCUAAUCGUAGCAGGCAUUCCCAAACAAAAAGAAGAAAAUACAACAAAAUAA